AGUAACUUAUUACUAGUAAUUACCUAGUCACAAUUCACUUGCUCAUUCCCCUUCUUAUUGUGCUGUGCCAUUCUGAAAAGAUGAGAUAGUGAGAGAGGAUAGAGAGAUAGCCUAAGAAACGUAACCAGAAACCGAAAACUCAGAAGAGAGAAUACCCAAACCACACAUUCUCUCUCUCUCUCACACUAUCAUCAUCCAUCAAUGCAAUUGUAAAACCAUGUCAACUACCUUCUCCAUGGCUUCUUUCUCUCCUCUUACUCCAAUCUCAACCACUCAUUCUUCUUCACACUCCAGACCCCAUCACCUUACCCACCACCACCACAACACUCUCACACCCAAAAACCUUACUUUUUUUACCCUCUCUCCCUUGAGAGUUUCUGCUGGAACUUCUGAUUCACCUGAAACUGCUGUCAAACCACCACCAGAGAACAUCUCUGUCGGUACAAAUGGUUCUGCUUCUGCUGUUACUGCUGUCGAGGAAGUUAAGGUUUCCAGCGGGUUUGUUGACCCUAGAUGGGUUGCUGGGACUUGGGACUUGAUGCAGUUUAGGAAAAACGGUACCACUGACUGGGAUGCUGUUAUUGAUGCUGAGGCGAGGAGGAGAAAAUGGCUCGAGAAUAACCCAGAAUCAUCCAACAAUGACAGUCCUGUAGUGUUUGACACCUCCAUUGUACCUUGGUGGGCAUGGAUAAAAAGGUUCCAUCUCCCUGAAGCUGAACUACUCAAUGGUCGCGCAGCAAUGAUAGGAUUUUUUAUGACAUAUCUGGUCGAUAGCUUGACAGGAGUAGGUCUAGUUGAUCAAAUGAACAACUUCUUUUGCAAAACUCUUCUGUUUGUAGCAGUGGGAGGAGUACUUCUCAUCCGAAAGAAUGAGGAUGUUGAUACUUUUAAGAAGCUAUUGGAGGAGACUACCUUUUAUGACAAGCAAUGGCAAGCAACUUGGCAGGAUGAGAACUCAAGCAAUUCCAACAAAUGAUUACUAGGAUUGUUGUUAUGUAGUCUCUUAAUAUAGUGUGCUCUAUUAAUAACAUUGCAAGUGAAGAAAAAAGACAUGAAUAUAAUUUAGACAUUGUAUUUCAAUUCCUUUUAUGGUUCUAAUGCGUAAUGAUAGAGUUUUUUGCGUUCGCAAUGCAA